CUGUAACGCUGCCAAUUUAUCGGCCUUGAUGUGGUCGUGUUUGAAGCAUCGUACGGAUGACAGAGCAGCAGUCAACUGGGUUGGAUUCUACUUUAUGCGCAAUGGGGGUCUGGUGUUGGGGCCUUUUCAGGGUCUCAUAGCAUGCACUCGCAUCAAGAUUGGAAAGGGAGUCUGUGGCACCUCAGUGGCUGAGAAGAAGAGCAUG